AUGCUGCCGCACAGUGCAUGUACUGUACGAGCACGGGCUGCUGCCCCCUGCUCGCCCCAGUGUGACGGACGGGCGUGUCGACGGGUGUCGGGUGUCGGGUGUCGGGUGUCGGGUGGAAAAUCGGUUUCCAACGUUUCCGCCUGGGGGAAAAGGCGACGAAAAUACAAGUCGUCGUCUUCCAUCAGCAACACCACCAAAAACACCACCAAAAACACCACCGACAUCGACGCCGGCAUCGAUGCCGACGCCUGGCUCACGGUGAAGCCCCUCUCCUCCUAUUCAUGGCUGCAGCAUGUGUUCGUCGUCGCCCGGGUUUCCCGGAUGCUGCCCCCCCUGCGGCCUGCCCUCGACCGAGUCGGAAACCACAAGUCAGCUCAGCUCGCACAACCCCUGCCAACGUCUCCUCAGGUCUCCUCAGUAAAUCGCGAGCUGACCAACGAGAUGCUCCCGCCUCUCGAGCAAAACGGGCCCCCGUGCGAAAUGAGUGAAGCUCAUUUCCGACCAUGCUGGAACAACGGGUUACCCUGA